CCUGGUGCAAAAAGCAGGCGUGCGCGCACACCACCAGUCUCUCUCUCUCUCCCUCUCUCCUCCAUAACGCUGAGCCCUCCCUCCUCCUGCACACUCACCGCCUGGCUCGCUUCACGUGUGGACGCUCUCCCUCAGCUCUGUGGAAAUCACCGCCAAGAUGUCCGAUAAGCCCGAUAUGACUGAGAUCUCCAGCUUUGACAAGACAAAGCUGAAGAAGACGGAGACAAAAGAGAAAAACCCUCUGCCCACCAAAGAGACCAUCGAGCAGGAGCGAAAAGGAGACGCAACACCCUGACCUGGAAGCACAAGUUCCGGCCUGAGGCAGAGAUGACGAAGCAAAAAAAAAAUGCACUUUCCUUUGAUUAUUUAGUAUUACAAAAAUAAUUCCCUCAUGUAAUCUUCUGAUAAGCGUGCUAUGGGGAACCCCGAGGUGCUGUAGUGGUGCUCAGCAUCUUCGGAGGGCCCCUAUUUUCAUCAA